UCACGUGACCUGCGAUAGUGAUAAUACGUUGUCUGCAAGUGCUCCUACAAUCUAGUAAAAUUCUGAAGUUUUGAAACCAGUCAAAAUUAAUUUUUUUACUUCAAGUGAAUCCUGGAGAAAUACGUAAUAGUGUUGAAUAAAAACAUUCAGAUAAACAUAGAGUUCUUAACAGUUAUGUGCUUUCUUUCCUGAGUGGAUUAUUAUAGGUUAAGAUGGAAACAGUUCAGGAGAGCAGUGUAAAUCUAAUCAAAAUAGCUAACAGUGGCUCCAUCUUGCCGUCACACAGUGUAGCUCAAAGCUUAAACACUACUAACUCAAACUUAAGUGAUAACAAAACGCCAAAUAAACAAGGACGUCCGCCUAAAUCGUUAUUAUUCACCUCAGAAGCUACGCUGAACAAUCGUAACAUGCUUGAAUAUCUCAAAAGGAAAAGAGAAGAUACAGCACUGGAUCUGGAACCUACAGAAGACACAGAAACUGCUUCUCAAGCUGCAAAACAACAAAAUAUGCUCCAACCGUCUCCCACCAAAGCUCAAGACACUCCGGUGUGCUUGGAGAAUAAAUCGACAGACGAAAUACUGAGAAUUCUCGUUGGCCAAAUCGGAGCUAUGAGAGAAGAAGCAAAAACCAACACGACUAGCCUCGAAAACCGAAUCCAGCAAAGUCAAUCUGAAAACCAAAAAUCGAUACAGGCACUGCGUAAAGAUUAUCCUGAGCUAAAAAGCACAUGGUCUGACAAAUGGACUAAAAUGCAAGAAAGACAAGCUAAACUGGAAGCUGAAAUAGCCGAGUUGAAGGCCGCUAAAACAAAUACUGAAUACACGAGGCUGGAGAAAGAGAAUAACUCAUGUAUUGAUGAGAUAAAUAGUAAAAUCAAAUGUUUGGAGGAUAUGACCGAAAUAUAUGAAAAAUCCUGGAGAAAACUUAAUAUUAUAGUCAAAAAUCAUAACUGGUCGAACUCUAACCUACUCAAACAAGCUCAAGAAUUUUUUAAUAGAAAUUUUAAUUUAAAUAACCCAGUAAGUAAAAUAAAACCGCUGGACAGAAACUUUAAAAUUUUAAGGAUUAAACUAGCCGAUGAAAAUACUAAAGCGAUAAUAUUAAAAAAUAAAGCCCUAAAUCUGAAGGAAUCCAAAAUAUCUAUUAUGCAAGACCUAACCAAACGCGAACUGCAAACUUUCAAAAAAUUACAACAGGUUGCUAGAAAACAAAAAGAGCUAGGUAAAAAGAUCAAGCUAAAAGGCCUGCAAUUGAGAAUCGAAGAUACUUGAUACAACUGGAAUUCCAACACCUCUACAAUAACACCAGUCAAAAACAAGCUGAAAUUCAUUGCAAACGAUAACUCUUACGCUACAAAUGCUCAAAUUAACCAUCAAGCUAGCUCUAAUCCAAAAAACGCAUAAGAACCAUAGCAUGGAACGUUAGGGGAAUCCAAAAUCUAUGGGAGGCAGAUAACUUAGUAGGUACAGAUAUCAUUUGUGCAUGUGAGACAUGGACAACUCACGCCAAUGAGCUACCACCCAACUGAAAUAAAUACUCUGCAUUAUGGUCACCAGCAAUUAAAGAAAAGAGUACAGUUCAUGCUAGUGGAGGUAUAAUAAUAUUAGUCAAAAAACCUAUUAAAAUCAAAGAGAUUUUCUCUUCAGAUAGUUGGAUAUUUGCACACAUCACAGCUGGAUCCUCUAUGUUUAUUCUUGCAAGUGUAUACAUCCGCCCCAGGCGAGAUAUGAAGACUUCCAUGGACCUGCUACAGGAUUCAAUAAGCGAUAUCGACCAACUUUAUAGAAACCUCCCGAUGCUACUAGUAGGUGACUUCAACGCUAGAUUAGGUGUUUUGUCACCUAUCCAAGAGGAACUAGUCACAAAUACUAAUAUAUAUGCAAUAAGAGAAGUUAGUGAUGAAGAAAUUUAUACAAGAGGCCGGAUCCUGGACAA